AUGGCGUCCGAAAACAGCUCUGAAUCCCAAGAUGAGACAGCAGCCCUUAUAGAGACGGGCUCGGAGCAAGAUGCAGAUGAGCAAUGUUCCACAGUUGCGAAACAAAGCCAGUCUAAAAUAACUCUGUAUCACUGGACGCAGUCCUUCAAUUCUCAGAAGGUGCGUCUGGCCAUAGCAGAGAAAGGUUUGCACUGUGAGGAGUAUGAUGUGAGCCUGCCGCUCAGUGAACACAACGAGCCCUGGUUUAUGCAUCUGAAUCCCACUGGUGAGGUACCAGUCCUAGUCCACAAUGAAAACGUCAUCUGUGACCCAACACAGAUCAUGGACUAUCUGGAGCAGAAUUUCAAUGACGAGGGCACUCCAAAGCUGAUCCCUGAAGAGGGCAGUACAUACUAUCUCAGAGUGCAGCACUACAGAGAGCUGCUGGACUCACUACAGAUGGAUGCCUAUACCCAUGGCUGCAUCCUUCACCCUGAGAUCACAGUGGACUCCCACAUACCUGCAUAUGCUGCCACAUGUAUAAGAACACAGAUCGGAAACACACAAACUGAGCUGAAGAAACUGGCAGAGCAGAACCCAGAGCUUAAAGAUGCUUAUAUAGCAAAACAGAGGCGCUUAAAAUCCAAGUUGUUUGACCAUGACAACAUGAAGUACCUGAAGAAGCUUCUGGAUGAAUUGGAGAGUGUCAUGGAUCAGGUCGAGACAGAGCUACAGAGGAGGGUGGAAGAAACACCAGAGGAAGGCAGUCAGUCCUGGUUGUGUGGUGACUUCUUCAGCAUGGCGGACGUCUCUCUGGCAGUCACCUUACACCGCCUCAAGUUCCUCGGCCUCUCCCGGCGCUACUGGGGCAACGGUAACCGCGUGAACCUAGAAACAUACUACGAGCGUGUGGUGGAACGCAAAGCCUUUAGGAGAGUGCUGGGCCAUGUCAACAACAUCCUGAUCUCUGCUGUCCUUCCUGUGGCGUUUCGCGUUGCCAGGAAGAACGCGCCAGUUAUUCUUGGCACCACUCUGUUGAUAGGUGUUCUAGGAGGAGCUACGUACCUUGCUUUUCUUUACAUGAAGAAGAGGCUGACUGUCUUCAGCUGAGGGAGCCAGCAAGAGUUGCUUUGGGACUGAAUUGGGGGCUGGAAGGUAGACAAACACAGAUAAAUGUGAGAAAUGUCGCCUAAAUCAUAAUUUAAAUUGUGUGAAGUUAAAAUACAUAGUGUAAUUGAUCAUUCAGUAGGGAUCAGUAAUAUUUAAUUGAAACAAACCUUAAUUUUCUUGUUUUCUGUGUUGCUGGUUGCACAAAAUGCACUUUUAAUCAUCCUCAAUAUGUGACUGCUGCAUUACACACCAAAGUACUGACUUAAAGGACCAUACUGGUAUGUUCUACAUAUGUUUGCCAUUUGUUAUAAAUCAUAUAUACCACAUCUUGUGUGCCAGCCUCAUAUUCACAAGCUAUGUUAUUGUAGCAGGUGGGAAUAAAGUAGAUUGAUGAAAAAGAAGAUGAAAUAUAUAAUCCAUCCAUAUAAUAGCACAUGAAUGUACCAUUCCUCUCUGACAAAAGUGAAAAUACAUAUCCAAACAUUUUGACUGUUGACUAUGCGCCCUGCAAUUGUUGCAUAAGUGUGAUAUAAAUAGGCAAACUACGAACACAUUUUCAUAAUGUAUUGAAGGUAAAGGAAACCAAUGGCUUCAAAAAAGUUUAGUUCCAAGUUGUCAUUACUAAUGUAGGCAUUACUUGAUUUAUUGUAAAUGGGCUAAAAUGUGCAAAAACUCCAGUAUGGUCGACAUAUUUGUGUGUAUUCAAAUCAAGAGCCAGAUAUGUUUUGCCUCACGUGUGCUCUGUCAUUUAUUAUUUCAUUGUCGUCCAUACUUGCAUGUUAGAAAUUUAAAAAAGGUAUACUGCUGUAGACGCCUGCUAGCCUUUAACAAACUGAUCCGCUCAGCAGUUAACAUACUGCAUGUCAAAACUUGUGUCUACAUUUGACAAAGGCUCUGUAUGAACACCUGCACUCAUGUUUUACUGUAUGACUGAUGGGUAAUUGUCUGAAAUAUUAUCUAUGUAACAACAGCUGAAUGGAUGCUUUUCCAAUUGCAUUUACAUCUUCGGACCAUCAUG